AUGGGGCCCCAGCUCGCUCUUGAUGCAGGCGGCGGGGGCGUCGUAGGGCGGCCGCCCUCCUUCUUCGCCGACGAGGGGCAGCUGUACGGGCCGUGCGCCGAGCCGCCCGCCGGGCCCUUCGUCUGCGGCCGCGGGCCGCCCGCCGAGCCCGCCGACUUCCCCGCCGACGCCUGGUACCCGCUGGGGCGGCCGCCCUACGCCGCCCCCGCCGCCUGCAUCAAGAGCGAGCUGGGGCCCUGGGCCGAGGGCUACGGCGGCUACGGCGACGCGCGGUUGGAGACGGGCCGCGAACAUGUCUUGCCCAUUGACUAUUACUUUCCACCUCAGAAGACUUGUCUGAUCUGCGGCGAUGAAGCAUCGGGGUGCCACUACGGAGCCCUCACGUGCGGGAGCUGCAAGGUGUUCUUCAAACGGGCGGCUGAAGGUAAGCAGAAAUACCUGUGCGCCAGCCGGAAUGACUGCACCAUUGACAAAUUCAGAAGGAAAAACUGCCCGUCCUGCCGCCUGCGAAAAUGCUACGAAGCAGGGAUGACUCUCGGAGCCCGCAAGCUCAAGAAGCUGGGUAACUUGAAGACACAAGAUGAUGCCGAGGCAGCCAGUUCCUCCAGCCCCACGGAGGAGCAAGCUCCCAAGAUGGUGAUGACGCACAUUGAUGGGUUUGAAUGCCAGCCCAUCUUCCUCAACGUCCUGGAAGCCAUCGAGCCAGCUGUGGUGUGUGCUGGCCAUGACAACAGCCAGCCUGACUCCUUCUCCAACCUGCUGACCAGCCUGAAUGAGCUCGGGGAGAGGCAGCUGGUCUACGUUGUAAAGUGGGCAAAGGCCUUGCCAGGAUUUCGUAAUCUGCAUGUGGAUGACCAGAUGUCAAUAAUCCAGUAUUCUUGGAUGGGUCUUAUGGUUUUUGCUAUGGGCUGGAGAUCUUUCACUAAUGUCAACUCCAGGAUGCUUUAUUUUGCUCCAGAUUUGGUCUUCAAUGAAUACCGGAUGCACAAAUCCAGAAUGUACAGCCAAUGUGUCAGGAUGCGGCACCUCUCUCAGGAGUUUGGCUGGCUUCAGAUCACACCCCAGGAGUUUCUCUGUAUGAAGGCUCUACUCUUCUUCAGUAUUAUUCCAGUGGAUGGCCUGAAGAACCAGAAGCUCUUUGAUGAACUUCGAAUGAAUUACAUUAAGGAACUUGACCGCAUCAUCGCUUGCAAGAGGAAGAACCCUACCUCCUGCUCUCGGCGAUUUUACCAGCUCACCAAGGUCCUGGACUCCGUGCAUCCUAUUGCCAAGGAUCUGCAUCAGUUUACAUUUGACCUUUUAAUUAAGGCACAUAUGGUGAGCGUGGACUACCCUGAAAUGAUGGCCGAGAUCAUCUCUGUGCAGGUUCCAAAGAUCCUGUCUGGAAAAGUCAAACCUAUCUACUUCCACGCGGAGUGAUCUUCCAGCGGGGACCUCCCACUUCUGCCACCCCCAUUUCAGCCAUCUCCUGCCUAUUGUUUCUGCACUACUGUACUGCAGUGCCUUGGGGAAUCCCCUCUAAAGACAGUGUGCCGAGAAGACAGACAGUAGCAACUACCUGCUGGGAUUCCUUAGAUUUCUAUUUUUCCUGUGGUACCUCUGAACUGAACUACCUGCCACGGCUUCUGCCUAGGUUUGGCUGGCUUGGUCUGCUGGGACACGUGGCGUGUGGCCUGGUGUCCCUGGCACGGUGUCUGCGCUCUCUCCUUCGGCUUUUCCGCAGUGACUUCUAGUGGCCCAGGGCCACGGGAGAUUGGGAGAAAUGCCACCAGUAGGUUGUUUGGUUGUUUUUGUUUUCUGUAUUUUUUUUUGUGUUGUUUUUCUUUUUUUCCCUCCCUGUAAAACAAAACAAGGUGAGAAGCAGGUCGAACCUCUACGUUUGGGCAUGGGGUAUUUUACUGGCCUCCUUUGGGACAUUUUAUUUGAGUUACGGUGCUGGGAAGCAGACAAGUUAAAGUGUUGCAGUAGACAAAUGGAGUUAGAGGAAAGAGACAAAUUUGCAAGCUGUAGAAUUUACAGACCCUGCCUCUGAGUCGGAAGGUGCCCUGCCUUCACACAGGGGCUGCCGACGGUGGGACGGCGACCUCUGGAAAGCCCCAGGGGCUCUGGGUGGCUACUGCUUUCCACCUGGGAUGUUUUUCCUGAGGCAAACUGGAUGUCCGUGUGCCCGGACGCCUGGGCGCUCAGCAGCCACCUUCCGGUGGCGGACAGCUGCUGCCCCGCAGGCACAGCCCUACCCCACCUUCACAAGUGCCUGACGCCUCUCGGACCUCAGCCUCUGCCCUCCUGCCGCCAGGCACAGCCAGUCCUGCCUGCCUCUGCCCCACACCAGCUCCGUUCACACUGGGUGUCCGAGGCCCAGGUUUUUCAGCUGCACUGCUUAUUUUCCAUUUGUCCAAACUCGUCUUUCUGACGCCAGCAGACCCACGUCCCAGGAGGGGAGCAGCCAGGACCGUCACUGCAGGAUCUGUGACCUGUUACUAAUCCUAUCCCAUGGGCGAUGGUCGCGGCAACAGGCACGGUAUUUCCGUGGCGCUUCAGGGAAGUGUAAAGAAAAUGCUUAAAAGACCCUUUCUCUCCGUAGAGGUGUGCGUGGCUCCUGCUGAUGUUGGUAGCUGACUGCAGGCCCCUCCUGUGGGCACCAUCACGCCUCCGCGCCGUGCCUGGGCCGAUGCAAUGCAGGGCGCAGCACGGCCUGUGCAGGGGGUAAACACACCCUAGCGAACCUGGGCAUUCAGUUCAAAACCAGACAGAAUCAAAGGCUGAUAGAUCUGCAGUUGCCGAUGGCUCCCAAUGGUCAGGAAUAUUUGAGGAAAGGAGGCUUGGUUUCUCAGGCAUAGAUGUUGGCGUCACUCCAUUUUAUACCUCACAUUCGCAAGGAAGUACAGACCCACCAGCCCACACCCAGAUUUGCUUAUUUGGCAGGCUCCACUUCUCACAAAGCAGUCAAACCGUCCCUCCCCUUGGUAUUUUGGUUCUCCCCUUCCCCACGUUGGCGAGCCCACCGAAGCUGUGCUGCCAGCCCUGGCCAGUGAAUCAGGGCAGGCUCUGGCAGGGCCGGCCUGGACUGCCUGCAGGCGGUCCUCGCACAGACACAGCUGAACAGCAAAUGAGGCCUUUGCCCGUGGUUUUGCUGACAGGCAGCGAUUUCGCCUGUGGGAGACAUGGUGCCCCUGUGCAGUGUGCUGUUGUGGUCUCCCAGCACAAACAUGCAGGAAGGGCAUGUUAAAUUUGGGAGUUUGGAGCGGUGAGCCUCCUCACAAACCACACUGUGUUCCCUCUGCGCAAUGCCAGCUAGUCAAGCUUGUCAGACGUCUUUACAGAGAAGAGAGUUGGGUUCGGGACGGUUGAUGCCCUGUACAUAGUCUCCUGACUCUGCCAUGCCGCAGACAGUGCUAAUUCUUCUGCUUCUUGGACCUUUCACGAGCUGAGUGUAACCAUCAACUCUGCCGGCAAACGCCUUUGUGGUGCAUCUGGGUUCUCUGCAAACUCUCAGUAAGAAUGAGCCUUUAGUUUUACUGAUGUUCUUCAGUCAUGCUGUACAGGGUUUUCCUUAAGGGAAGGGGUGCGGAAAAACAGAAACACUGAAUGGCGGGUCUCUCUUUACAGUUAUUUGUACUGAGAUUUCCUCUCCUGGUAUCUGUGGCUCUGGUCGAGCUGUUCCUCCUGAGAUCCCUUCUGGAAGGUGGCACCAGAAGCCACAGAUGACUUUCUUGAGCAUCAGCCAACAGGCAGAGAUCCUCAAUAGCUUCUUCUAUUUAGAGGGCUGUGGCUGCAAGCAUCUUAAGUGUUUGUAUGGUCUAUUCAUAUUUGCAAAUGAAUCAAUUAAAUGCCCUGCUGGUGUAUUCCUCCAUUCUUGAACAUUUUCUGGCUAUUAGGAGAGGAGUAUAAUGAAUAACUGGCUUGAAAAUGCCCUGAUGUCUGUCAUCAACAGGAGGAUGCUUAUGGUCAGUCUAAAUGGCUUCUCUGGAGAGCUUUAUACAUUGCAGGAGCUCAUGCCAGUGAGGUUUUCAUUAGUUAAUAAGUGUGAAGGUAGCCUGCUGGUUACUUUUCUGCUGGGAGGCUGGGAAGAAAUUGGAUAUAAUAGGGAUUUGCAUACACUGAUUUCCUGGUGGAUGCACAGUGUGAAUGAAAAAGAAUUUAGAAGGAGGAUACUGCCCGUGUAUAUCUGCCUUCAUCUGCUAGAUGCCUGCAGCCUGUGUGCAUGAUGCCUCUCCAGCCAAGUGUGCUUUAAGAAGGAAGCAUGUGCUCACCUGCGGUCCCACCCGUCCGAUGGUGUAGGUGGGCAGUUGGGUUGCCUUGUCCACAAACACCCCACAGCUCCUGUGGACUAGGGCUAUGCUCUGUAGCUCUUGGUUUCAAAGUCCAUUUCUGCAAAUUUUUAUUUUUAUUUUUUUCCCAGAAGUCAGCUUUUUAUGAUACUCUCAGAGGAAUUGCUGGAGGGUUUGGGAGCCAGGAUCAGUAGCACCCAAGUGUGUAUUUGCUGGGGGGAGGCUAACACUGCUUCUUUGUUUAUUUCUAUCAGCUGUUGCAGGAACUGGAAAAAAAGAGGCUUAAGAAAUACCAAAGUCCAGAUCCUGACAUAUAUCUUUGUACUUUGUGUUUUCUUUUGCGUUUUCUUGUCUACUUUUGCUUUAAUAAAGCGAAGAGAAUCUCACCAUCGUCACAA